AAUUAAACAUGGCAGCUUCCCAAAUGGGCGAGCAGAGUUGUUGAUCUUAUUGAUUAUGUUAAAUCUACUACAUUAUUCAGUCUAUCACACUAGUCACAUUUAGUUACUUCCUACGACGAACUAAAGAGUCGGUGUGGCGGUUGCAGUUUUAAAAGCAUUUUGAAGAUCAUGUUGUCCACAAAGUGAGGGAAGCAGAAACACAUCAUGGAGCUUUCCUCUGAGGAGGGGGACACUCCCCAUGUCAUCGAUAUGACCACCAGUGAGAGGGUGGUGGAUCUUCUGAAUCAGGCUGCCCUGAUACCUGCAGAUGAGAAGCUAACAGUGCUGAAACAGGUCCAGGAGCUCAUCAUCAAUAAGGAUCCUUCUCUUCUUGACAAUUUCUUGGAUGAGAUGAUCGCGUUUCAGACUGACAAGUCUAUCGAAGUGAGAAAAUUUGUCAUUGGCUUCAUAGAGGAAGCAUGUAAAAGGGACAGUGAGCUCCUCCUCAGACUGAUUGCCAAUCUGAACAUGUUGUUGAGGGAUGACAGUGUGAAUGUGGUGAAGAAAGCCAUCCUCACACUCAGCCAGCUGUACAAAGUUACUCUGCAGUGGCUGGUGCGCUCUAAAGCAGUGUCCGAGAGGCAGGAGGCAUGCUGGGAUCUGGUUACACAGAUGAAAGGGGAUGUUCUGGCCUUGCUGGACUCCGAAAAUGACGGCGUUCGCACUCACGCCAUCAAGUUCACAGAAUCAUUAAUCAUUACUCUGUCACCGCGAACCUCAGACUCCGACGUCCCCAAGCGACAGGAGGGUGACAUCAGCCUGGACAAAGUUCCCAAAGAUCACUCGUACAUUCGCUACGAUGUUUUGUGUGAGGAGGGAAAGACUGCAUUGGAGAGGCUGCUGAAGUUCAUGGUCCAUCCGGCCAUUUCCAGCAUUAACCUCACCACAGCACUCGGCUCCCUGGCCACCAUCGCCCGUCAGAGGCCAAUGUUCAUGUCAGAGGUGGUGCAGGCUUAUGAGACACUGCAUGCAAACCUGCCACCCACUCUGGCCAAGUCUCAGGUCAGCAGCGUGCGGAAGAACCUUAAGCUGCACUUGGUGGCGGUCCUCAAGCAUCCCUGCAGCCUGGAGUUCCAGGGUCAGAUUAGCACUCUGCUGCUGGACCUGGGAAUGCCCCAGAGUGAAAUAACCCGCUCUACACCUGCACCGCGUGAGCAGCGCAAAAGGCCUCGCCAUGAGCAAUACACAGAGGGAAAAAAGGUCAAGAUGGAGCCUCCCAUGAUUGAAGAUGAUGAGGAUAAAGAGGAGCCAGUCCCUCUCUCGGUGCCUAAGCCAGCUGCUGUUCCAGUAGCGCAGUCUGCCAUUGACCUCACAGCUGAGUUCCUGCACCCACUGCUCAACCCCGAGAACGUUGCCAACCUGGUGCUCAUCAGCAUGGUGUAUCUGCCUGAUGUCAUGCCAGCAUCCUUCCAGGCCACAUACACACCUGUAGAGUCAGCGGGCACUGAUGCUCAAAUUAAACAUCUGGCCAGGCUGAUGGCCACGCAGAUGACUGCGGCUGGAAUCGGUCCAGGACUUGAGCAGUGCAAAGCCAGACAGGACGAUGCAGGCAAAGAAGACGACAACGAGGACGACUCCGGCACUAAAGACCAGCUCAUCAAGCGCAAAGUUCCAGCUAUGAUGAUGGGACAAGCAAUCUCUGUGGUGGGAGGUUACACCGAAAAGUCUUCAAGCACAGAGGCGGCUCCCGCCACGGUGAAGAGGCUUCCUGAACCCAUCCUUCCUACAGCACAAACCAAAAUGACAGGGGCGAGCGGGAGGAAAAAAGUGUUUCGAUUGUCAGACGUCGUCCAGCCUUUAUCAGAGGGCCAGAUUGAAAAUUUAACCUCCAAAGCCAUCAAACGCAUCCUGCAUUCAGAGAAGGCGAUUGCUCAAAGUGGCAUGUCCCAUGUCAGAGUGAAGCUCCUCUCCAGGCUCGUGACGCAGUUCGAAGGGAUGAUGAAAGAAGACGUGCUAGAGUUUAUUCUGGAUGACAUCAGGACAAGGAGUGACCUGGCUUUUUCUCUCCUCUUCCAAGAGUACAACAGUUAUCUCAGCCAGCUGCCCUCUGGGCUGCUGGACAGCUACGACCACUGUCUGUACACUCUGCUGUCAGGCCUGCAGGAGAAGCCCGAGCAGAGGGACGGACUUUUCACCAAACUGGUCCUGGAGGCCCCCGUUAUAACAGAAUCAGCGUUGGAAGUAAUACGGCGUUACUGUGAGGACGAGUCCCGGGUGUAUUUGGGCAUGACGACUCUGAAGGAGCUUAUCGUCAAACGGCCCUCGAGGCAGUUUCAGUACCUGCAUGUUCUUCUUGAUCUCAGCUCACAUGAAAAAGAGAAGGUGAGGACCACCGCUUUGGCUUUUCUCAAGCGUAUGUAUGAGAAAGACCAGCUCAGGGACUACAUUGAGAAGUUUGCCCUGAACUACAUGCAGCUUCUGGUCCACCCCAACCCUCCAUCUCUGCUCUUUGGGGCUGACAAAGACACAGAGGUGGCCGCCCCCUGGACUGAAGAGACUGUGAGACAGUGUCUGUUCCUCUACCUGUCCCUGCUGCCUCUAAACCACCGGCUGGUCCACGAGCUGGCUUCUGUCUACACCGAGGCCAUCGCUGACAUCAAGCGCAGCGUGCUUCGAGCAAUAGAGCAGCCUAUCCGUGGAAUGGGCAUGAACUCUCCUGAGCUGCUGCUCUUGGUUGAAAACUGUCCUAAAGGAGCAGAGACGUUGGUUACUCGCUGUCUGCACAUUUUGACAGAUAAAGUGCCUCCAUCUCCAGAGCUGGUGGAGAGAGUGAGAGACCUUUACCACAAACGAGUGCCGGAUGUUCGCUUCCUGAUUCCAGUCAUCAACGGCCUUGAAAAGAACGAAGUGAUCCAGGCUCUGCCCAAGCUGAUCAAACUCAACCCGAUUGUAGUGAAGGAGGUGUUCAACCGUCUUUUAGGCACUCAGCACAGUGAGGGAAGUUCCACUGUGUCCCCUCUGACCCCAGGAGACCUGCUGAUCGCCUUACACAACAUAGACUCGACCAAAUGUGAUAUGAAGUCUAUCAUAAAAGCUACCAACCUGUGCUUUGGGGAGAAGAACGUGUACACGUCGGAGGUUUUGGCGGUGGUGAUGCAGCAGCUGAUGGAGCAGAGUCCCCUCCCCAUGCUGCUCAUGCGUACCGUCAUCCAGUCCCUCACCAUGUAUCCCCGACUCGGAGGCUUCGUCAUGAACAUCCUGUCCCGCCUCAUCGUCAAGCAGGUGUGGAAGUAUCCCAAGGUGUGGGAGGGAUUUGUGAAGUGCUGCCAGAGGACGAAGCCUCAGUCAUACAGCGUUCUCCUGCAGCUGCCGCCCGCACAGCUGACCAGCGUUUUUGAACGCUGCCCAGAGAUGAGAGAGCCUCUUCUACAGCACGUCCACUCCUUCACACCUCAUCAGCAAGCUCACAUACCGGCCUCCAUCAUGACGGUCCUGGAAGGAGAUAAAAAACCAGAACCGAAACCUGUGGAGCAGAAGUCGGAACCAGUGCCCGUCCCAGUUGAAGAAGAGGCUCCCACUGAGGAAGAGAUGCUGGUCCAGCAACAUCCAGCUGAUGAUGACGAAGAACCAAUAGAGCAAGAAGAGUCUAAUCCAGUGAUACAGGAGGAGACUGACACUGUCCCCCAGGUAAGAUCACAACCCUGAUUCCAAAACAGCUUU